AUGGAUUUUGGUGAUAGAGGGACUGACUAUUGAGAAAGAUGCUGAGAAGAAAGCCCAGUAAAAUCGAAGUCAAAGUUGAAGACAAGGAAGAAAUCGAAGAAGCCCGCAAGCGCUCCGCCGCCACGGCCGCCGUCGCCACCACCACCGGCGCCGCCUCUCUCCUCCAACAUUUUAAAGAUCCCUCUUCCAAAUCCAACCGCAUCGGCCUCUCCUCCUCCUCCUAGUCCCCACCGAAACCCUAAUGGAGGUCGAAGUCAAGCUUCGUCUUCCUGACUCCGCCGCCCACCAGAAUCUCCUCUCUAUCCUUUCACCCUUCCACCGCCAGACCCACCGCCAAUACAACACCUUCUUUGACGGCGUCGCCUCCGAGCUCUCCUCUCGCCGCGCUGUUCUCCGCCUCCGCUUCUAUGACGACGAUGCCAACUGCGUCGUCUCUCUCAAAGCCAAAGCUGUACUCGUCGACGGCGUGAGUCGUGUCGAGGAGGACGAGGAGGAAAUGGACCCUCUGCUCGGCCGCGAAUGCGUGGCGGACCCGUCGAAGCUUGGUUCGGUGGAUUCGAGGAUUAUGAAGAGGGUAAGAGAUGAGUUUGGGGUUGUUGGUGGAGGGUUUGUGUGUUUGGGUGGGUUUAGGAAUGUGAGAGGAGUUUAUGACUGGAAUGGAUUGAAAUUGGAGGUGGAUGAGACUAUGUAUGAUUUUGGUACUUGUUAUGAGAUCGAAUGCGAGAGUGCAGAACCCGAGAAGGUCAAGAAGUUGAUUGAGGAGUUUCUCAAGGAGAAUGGGAUUCAUUAUUCUUACUCAGAGGCUUCAAAGUUUGCAAUUUUCCGAUCCGAGAAGUUACCACAGUUACUUGCUAAAUGAUUAAAGACAGCCUUGAGGACUUGCAGUCGAGCAGAUUCUUCUAUUAAUAAAGCAAAGUUCGUUUCCUCGCUGGAGAUUGCUCCACCUCAUGCAUCUAUCUACAUCUGGUUGCAACAAUGUAUCUUGUUUUGCUUCUUCAUUGUGUGGACUUGAAAGACCAAGUUCAACAUUUUUCUCCCUUGCUUAGAAUUACAGAUCUAUACUUUUAGUAAUAAAGUGCUGAAUUUGAUAUCUCAAUUGUGUCUCUUACUGGUUGUAUCUCAUUAUUAUAUUUCCAUGGUAGAAAUGUUUCUGCAUCAAGAGAAAGUGUUAGGUCAUUGACUCCUCCGGUAAUUAAAAUGAUUUUUUGUUUGUGUGCAA